CUGGAGCAGUUUGGCUUGAAUCUGCACCGGAUCGAGAAGGAUGUGCAGCGCUGCGAUCGCAACUACUGGUACUUUGCCAGCGAGAAUCUGGACAAGCUGCGCAAUGUGAUAUCGACGUAUGUGUGGGAGCAUCUGGAUGUGGGCUACAUGCAGGGCAUGUGCGAUCUGGUUGCUCCAUUGCUGGUCAUCUUCGAUGACGAGUCGCUCAGCUACAGCUGCUUCUGCAAGCUGAUGGAGCGCAUGAUCGAGAACUUUCCCAGCGGCGGUGCCAUGGACAUGCACUUUGCCAACAUGCGCUCGCUCAUCCAGAUACUGGACUCGGAGAUGUACGACCUAAUGGACUCGAACGGGGACUAUACGCACUUCUAUUUCUGCUACCGCUGGUUCCUCUUGGACUUCAAGCGCGAGCUCAUCUACGACGAUGUCUUCGCCACCUGGGAGGUCAUCUGGGCGGCCAAGCACAUUGCCUCCGGGCACUUUGUGCUCUUCCUGGCGCUGGCGCUGCUCGAAACCUAUCGCGACAUCAUUCUAUCCAACAGCAUGGACUUUACGGAUGUCAUCAAGUUCUUCAAUGAAAUGGCUGAGCGUCACAAUGCCCAGUCGAUUCUGCAGCUGUCGCGCAGUCUUGUCCUGCAAUUGCAGACAAUAAUCGAGAACAAAUAAGUAAUACGAUUUGGAACUGGAACUGGAACGGGAACGGGAACUGGAACAGGCAGUGGA